AUGUUGGAGAGCUACCUUUGUAUCCGAGUUGCUGUGGCAGUUGAUGACAACAAGCCGGCUGUUGGUCGAGUGGUGGAUGUUAACCUCGUGAAAGAAGAUGGCAAAACCGUCAACACUGCGAACUAUAUUGUCGAGUUUGAUGGCGAGGUUUACUUCGAAGGCAACCGGACGGAUCGCGUAGAACUGAACCAAGAACAGGUGUUGUAUGCGAUGGACUUCAUGAAAGAAAUUGAAUCUUUUGAAGAUGAUGUUGACGAGGACGGCGAAGACGGUGCUUGUGUGCCGGUGAGUAGAGACUGGGAUGAAUUGGAAGAAUAUGUAGGCAACGUUGCGUAG